AUGAGCGGUGAGGGCAAGGCGAGCGGUGCGUGCUUUCACUGCGGUCAUACUGGCCACUGGGCGAUGCAGUGCCCUACCGAGCCGAAGUGCUAUGCGUGUAAUCGCUCGGGCCACUUCGCACGAACGUGCGUGGACCCGCCUGCCUCGAGCCCGUGA